UCGAGACACUCCAGCUACCAGCAGCUCGCUGAGUCCCAAGCUCACACAAUGGCCCCCAGCUCCUCCGCAAAGCAGCUCGUCGCCGUCGCCGUCUCGGCUUUCCUGCUCGCCGCCGCGUCCAGCCGGCAGCAGCCGGUGCACCUGCGGCUGUACAUGCACAACGUGAUGCGCGGGCCGGGGACGACGGCCAUCCACCUCAUCCACGGCGUCGGGCCACCGCACGACGUCGAGCGGGGCGCCUACUUCGGCGACACGGCGGCGAUCGACGACGUGGUGACGGAGGAGCCCGACGCCGGGUCGCGGGCCGUCGGCCGGGCACAGGGCACCUACAUGCUGGCCUCCCAGCACGAGGAGGUGCUCACCGUCGCCAUCACCGUCGCGCUCACCGCGGGGCCGUACAACGGCAGCACCUUCUCCGUGGCCGGCCGCGUCGGGGUCUACGACGACAAGGCGGAGGCCGCGGUGGUCGGCGGCACGGGGCGGCUCCGGCGCGCCGCCGGCUACCUGACGUGGAGGAUGGUCGAGCUGGUGGUGUCCGAGAAGUACGUGAUGGUGGAGCUGGACGUGCACAUGUCCGUGCCGCCGGUGAGCGCCGCCGGUGGCAAUUGGUGAUCCGGGGAUGGGCGCCUCAGGUGGCCUGCGGGGAGAGGCGUGACGAAUGCCCAUGUGGGGAGGCGGCGCAACACGGCGUCCGGCCAUGUUCUAGUAGAACAUGGUGCCGAAACAGUAUUGGUAAGAUACUACUAUGAUGCCGUUCUUCGCUCAUGUCCAUGGCCAACCCGCUCGGAAGAUUUUUGCUCCUAUGAGAUCAUGCAGACUCGGCCUGAAUGACAGACCGGGGUGAUGAAGACAGAA